GCUAAUCAAUAGCAGGAAGUUAAAACACUGAAAAUUGCUUUCCAGGAUGUUCAAGUGUACAUGUGAUGGCAGCUUCAGAUGUGUUAGAGUCGUGACAGGUUUGGCACGGACGCAGCAGGAGACGAGACGGACAUGGAGCCAGCAGGAGUGGACUCAGAGCCGGCACCACAGAGCAGGAUGCAGGAGCUGAACCAUCAGAUAGAUGAAGUCGUGGACACAAUGAAGAGGAACGUGAUACAAAUCUCACAGCGAGGCGAUAACCUGGUCAAACUCGAGAACAAGACAGAGAAAAUGGAAGAAGGGGCAAAACUGUUCAAAAAGACGUCUCAGACAGUGGCUCGCUCCUACUGGUGGAAGAACGCCAAGCUGAUCGUGGUCAUCGUGGUGGUCGUCCUCAUCGUCGUCCUCAUCAUCGUCCUGCUGGCCACCGGAGUCAUCCCCACCAGCGCCCCCAGGACUCCCAUAGCCCCUCUCACCACCGCAACGCCAUGAACACACACAAACAUACACUUAACGUACAUUAUAUAUCACAAUGUUAGUUUAAAGUAGAUUAUAAAUCAAACAGGAGCGAGGACAGAACCCUGUGGUUCCCCUCAGUGAUUAAAACGCAGAUUGAUUUGCGACAAUUUGGUCUGCAAAUGUCAGUAAUCCACAAAAAACCCGUAUGAUUCUAACUGUGGUUCUGUUCUGAGAGCCCACUGGAGGAUUAGUGAGCAGCACUGGGUCCAGUUUCUUUAAAUAAACAUCACGAUGAUCCAGUUUUCAGACUCCAGCUCGGAGACGGUGUUCCCGCUGCUGUGAAGCUGCUGCGAUGGAAAACAAGCGGGACUCUGGGAGGCACAAGACCUUCACACUUUAACAUGUGGCUCUGGUUCUUAUAAUCAAUAAACACACGGCCCGGGUCAGCUGGGCCAGGUCAGCUUUCAGGUCCACGUCUGUUCCCACACUUCUUACUCCUCUGGAGGAUCAGCUGAGAGAGAUCACUGACAGAACCGCUGUGAUUCCUGCUGUCGGACCUCAGAGUUACAGAUUAUAACUAAAUAUUCAGAUUAAUUAAUGUCACCACCUGCAUUCACUCGAUCAUGAUUGGAUGACACCUGUCGCCAGGUUUAUAAAAUGCUUGUUCGAUCAUUGUCCUCCAUUUUGUGUCCUCAUAAAGACCUUCAAACCCUCGUUUAUUUGGUUUCUUUUAUCGUUCUGUAUUUUUCUAUGUUCUGAAUAAAUGCUUUUCAAUCUGA